AUGGCGGUGCUGCUGCAGACCUCGCUGGGAAACCUGACGAUAGAUCUGUUCACAGAUGAAGUUCCUGCAGUUUGUUACAACUUUUUGGGUUUAGUUCGCGCCAAGUAUUACCACAAUACCAUUUUCCACUCCAUAGAGAAGGACUUCCUCGCCCGCGCCGGCAACCCCGAGACCGCCAGCCGCUUCUGGGGCCUCGGCCUCCCCGAGGCCCUCAGCUCGCAGCUGCCUCGCCAGAAGCAAACAGACGAUGUGGGCUGCAGCAUUUGGGGUUUGCAGCACUUGCAUGCGACUGGCCAGCUGGACUUGAAGCAGCGGCAGCAGCAGCUCGCAGCAGCGCAGCAGCAGCAGCAGCAGCAGCAGCAGCGCCGCGGCGGCCUCGCGCUGCCCCCCGCCUCCGUCUACGCCGACCUCGACUUCGACCGCAUGUCCUUCGGGCCCUUCCCGCAGGGGGGCCCCCGGGGGCCCCCUGACCGCGCCGUCGUGCAGCCUGUGCGCAUUCUGCGGGCCUACGUGCUGGAGGACCCGUUUUUUUCCCGCGUGCCGCGUUUUGCACUUGGAGACGCAGCAGCAGCAGCAGCAGCACCAGCAGCAGCAGCAGCAGAAGCAGCAGCAGCAGCAGCAGCAGCAGCAGAAGAAAUGGAAGAAUGCGACAAAGACAAACUGGGCUUCACUCCUCCUGCUUCUCCAGAGCCCUUAGCAGCAGAAGCUCUCAGCGAUGAAGAACUUGACGAAAUUAUGGCUCUUGAAAAAGUUGACCAAAAAGAAGCAGAAGCAAGAAAAGUAACUCUGGAAAUCCUGGGGGACAUUCCCGACGCCGAUAUGGCCCCUCCUGAAAAUGUUCUUUUUGUUGCCAAAUUAAAUCCGGCAACUCAAGACGACGACUUGCGGCUUUUGUUCUCCCGCGGGAGGUGUGCCCCUCGCGGUAGCAGCAACAGCUGGAAAGAGAGGCAGCAGCAGCUCCAAGCAGCCGAGCUGCAGCAAAUUGCGUUUUGCUUCCUGCUGCUGCCUAGUCCGUGUCAGCUGCUGCAGCAGCACCAGCUGCUGCAGCAGCACCAGCUGCUGCAGCAGCAGCAGCUGCUGCAGCAGCUGACAGGCGGCGCUGCUGCAGCAGCAGAAGUGCUGCUGCGGAAAGCACUGUUAAAGCAGCAGUGCAGCAAAAUGGAAAAGUUCGGCGAAAUAGUGUCUUGCGACAUCAUUCGGGACUCCAGAACUGGCCAGUCUUUGCAAUAUGCAUUUAUUGGAUUCAAAAAAAGAGAAGAUUGCGAAUCUGCAUAUUUUAAAAUGCAAAAUGUGCUCGUGGAUGACCGGCGCAUCCACGUGGACUUCAGCCAGUCCGUGGCCCGCGAGUGGCACACCUACAGACAGCAGCAGCAAAAGAAGCUGUCCUCAGAAGGAGCAGCAGCAGCAGCAGCAGCAGCAGCAACUGCUGCUGCUGCUGCUGCAGCAAACAGCAGGAGGCCCGAGGCGCAGCACGCGGGCUUCCAGCGUCAGCAGCAAACUGGGAGUGCUGCGCAGUCAGCUUCGAAGCAGCAUAAAGGAAGAGAAGCAGCAGCAGCAAAUCGAGGAGCUGCUGCUGCUGCUGCUGCUGCUGCUGGCAGACACCGCAGCAGCAGCAACUGGGACAGGCGCAGCAGAAGCCGCAGCGCGGAUCGAAGAUGA